AUGGGCUCCCUUGACUUAGGUUUUCAACACUCUCCUGUAGAGCUUAUCUUCUUGGGCACCGGAACAUCAUCAACUAUUCCGCACGUAGAUUGCUUGACUGCGCCCCCGAGCUCAAAGCCGUGUCGUACUUGUCUCUCGACGCUUACGCCAGAAGGAAAGAAGAACAUCAGGCGCAAUACCUCGGCCGUCGUCAAACUCCGUGGCCGGAACUCUGAGGAUGUAACCAUUGUCAUAGACGUCGGCAAGAGCUUUCAGCCUGCCGCUGUAGAGUGGUUCCCCAAGCACGGCUUACGGCGCAUAGACGCUGUUCUGAUUACACAUGCGCAUGCCGAUGCCAUGAAUGGAUUAGACGACCUACGCGGAUGGACACUCCACGGUGCUAUACAACCAUAUAUAGACGUAUAUGUCUCAAUGUCAACCUUCAAGGAAGUCCAGCGGGCUUUCCCGUAUCUUGUGUCGAAACAGUACGCGUCUGGUGGCGGUGAUGUCCCUGAAUUCAAAUGGCACAUCAUCGAAGAUCGCGUGCCAUUCGAAAUCGGUGAUACUGGGGUUCAGAUUACUCCAUUCGCAGUUCACCACGGCCGCAUAUUCACCCCUGCACCUCCGGUUGGGGAUAUCUCAAUAAGUCCGUUUUCAUUGUCGCCGUCAUCCACGAAUGCGUCAACCCCCGAUGUGCCUGGCUCCCCCGUUCAUGCUGCGACCAUUCCCACGGAAUCUGCCAUCAAGCACGUUCGGCCGUACCUGUGCUUUGGAUUCGUAAUUCAGGACGCCAUAACCUAUCUCUCUGAUGUUUCCCACAUUCCGGAGGAUGUAUGGGCGAUGUUUGAGUCUAAACCGGUUGUCCCACCGGUUUUCGUGCUCGACUGCCUGCGCGUCCCUACCCACCCAUCACAUCUUAGCGUAACUGAGGCGAUGUCGGUAGCGAGGCGCAUGAAGGCGGACAAGACGUAUUUGCUCGGGUUCAGUCACGAGUUGUCACACGAUGACUAUGUCGCCAUAGGAGAGGCCGCUGGAGGGACAGGGCUGAGUAAACGCGGACAAGAAUUAAUCUCGCAACAUGGCCUGCAAUCCGUGCACGAGGGUCAGCCGAUCUGGAUUCGGCCUGCCUUUGACGGACUGCGAGUUUCUGUUACCCAGGAUGGACAGGUGCGGGAUGCGGAAUACAAAUGAGGAUCUACAGAACCAUUCAUUAUGGCCCUUCGAAUACACGUUCAAAAGGCAUCUCUGUUACUGUA